CCGAGCCGCGCCGAGCCGGGCCGGGCGGGCGGGCAGUGCUGCCCUCCCUCGGCGCGGGAGCAGCGGGGCCGAGCCGGGCCGAGUGGCGCCGAACCGGGCCGAGCGGAGCCGAACCGAGCCGAGCGGAGCCGAACCGGGCCGAGUGGCGCCGAACCGAGCCGAGUGGCGCCGAGCCGAGCCACUUUGUUUCCUUCGGCGCUCGCCUCCGCUCCGCAGCCGCCGGGAAUAACAGGCAUCCCGGAUGGAGCUGCCAUCCCGCGUGCUUUAUUUCUGCUCCCCUGGACCAACGGAUGGCGGGACGUGUCCCCAGGCUCACCUCCGUGCUCAGCGGGCGCCCGCGUCCCACCCCCCCGGUGCGCCAUGGCGUCCCGCAUCGGCCUGCGGAUGGAGCUGAUGAAGCAGCAAGCGCAGCAGGAGGCCGAGAGGGAACGCGUGCAGCAGCAGAUGAUGAUGAACUACAUGCAGCAGCAGCGGAUGCCGGUGGCCUCCACCCCGGCCAUCAACACCCCCGUCCACUACCAGUCCCCACCGCCUGUGCCCGGAGAGGUCCUCAAGGUUCAGUCCUACCUGGAGAACCCCACCACGUACCACCUCCAGAAGUCACGGGACAAGAAGGUUCAGGCUUAUCUCUCUGAAACCUACGGGAACAAGUUUGCUGCCCACGUCAGCCCCGUCAGCCACUCGCCCAAGCCACCCCCCGCCGCGUCCCCCGGCGUCCGACCCAGCCACGUCGUGUCCUCCUCGGCGGGCAACAGCGCGCCCAACAGCCCCAUGGCCAUGCUCAACAUCGGCUCCAACCCCGAGCGGGAGUUCGAUGAGGUCAUCGAUGACAUCAUGCGCCUGGAUGACGUUUUGGGCUAUAUGAACCCCGAAGUCCACAUGCCCAACACGCUGCCGAUGUCCAGCAGUCACAUGAAUGUCUAUAGCGGGGACCCCCAGGUGACGGCCUCUCUCGUAGGUGUCACCAGCAGCUCCUGCCCCGCCGACCUCACCCAGAAGAGAGAGCUGACAGACGCUGAGAGCCGAGCCCUGGCAAAAGAGCGCCAGAAGAAAGACAAUCACAACCUGAUCGAGAGACGGCGAAGGUUUAACAUCAACGACCGCAUCAAAGAGUUGGGGAUGCUGAUCCCCAAAGCCAACGACCUGGACGUGCGCUGGAACAAAGGGACAAUCCUGAAGGCAUCUGUGGACUACAUCAAGAGGAUGCAGAAGGACUUGCAGAGGUCACGAGACCUGGAGAAUCACUCACGGCGUCUGGAGAUGACAAAUAAGCAGCUGCUGCUCCGCAUCCAGGAGCUGGAGAUGCAGGCGCGCGUCCACGGGCUGCCCACCUCCUCGCCCUCGGGCGUCAACGUGGCCGAGCUGGCUCAGCAGGUGGUCAAGCAAGAAGCCAGCGGGGACGAGGGGACGCUGGAGCCGCUGCUGCCACCCCCGGACCCUGAAUCGCAGCUGCAGCCGGCGCUGCCUCCACCACCCCAGUCUCCCUACCACCAGCUGGACUUUACCCACAGCCUGAGCUUCGACGAUGGCUCCCGGGGCUUCCCGGACAGCCUGGAGCCCGGCCACAGUGCUUCCUUCCCAUCCCUAUCCAAGAAGGAGCUGGACUUGAUGUUGAUGCAGGACACCAUGCUGCCCCUGGCCUCCGACCCCUUGUUCUCGGCCAUGUCCCCGGAGGCCUCCAAGGCCAGCAGUCGCCGGAGCAGCUUCAGCAUGGAGGAUGCAGACAUGCUGUGACAAGGAGCUGCUCCGACGCUGGGGGGGAGAACUGGACCUUCGAGUUUGGUUAGUGAAGUUACAGGGCACUCUUCUCGCAGGAGGAGCCCGUCCUGCCGCGCACUUGAAUCUGCGUAGGAGUACCUUUUCUCUAUGCAACGGGGGUCUUGGAUCAAGGCUCGCCGGGUACCGCCGUGUCUUUUGCAAGCUUUUUUUUGCCAGGAGCCGGAGCAGACCUUCUUGGCUUGCCGUGGCAUUGGCCUGACUGCAGAUUCCCCAACCCGGGAGCGUGAUCUCGGCUGCUUUGCCUUUCAGUGAAACCCUCCCGGACCGAACCCCUUCCCCAGGGUGCUGGCUCAGAGCCGGAGCGGGCAGGAGCCUUUGCGUCCCUGGCAGGAGAGGGACAAUGCUCAGAGCUUUUCGUCUGGCUUGCUGCCUCCUUGCCAUCUCGCUCCGGGAGCCCACGUCCCCAGCAGUGGCCUCUGAGCCCCGCGGAUGCUUCACGGUGCCACGUCCUUCACGGUUCCUCCUUCCUCGGAGCACCCGCUGCCUCUCCAGGUCGCAGGGCCGGAGGGAGAAGAGGUGUUAAUUGGAGCACGUUAAUUCACGGGGCACGGGGGAUGUCGUCCGAGUGAGCUGGGUCUGAGGCUGUGAAUUCGGGUUGAUGUUGAAGGCUUCCAAAACAGCUGGGAUCGGGUGUUUGAUGCUCAGUCAACCCUCUGCUGUGACCCCUACCUUGUGGGGGGACACCCCCUCAGGGUUUGGCAGCACCCACCACCCCGAAACCUCGCUGGCCUCUGGACAAAGGGCUGCAUGGUGCUGGGUGACCUUCAGCCUCCCUCGAGACAUCCCCGCAGAGGUGCCUCUGCUCCGUAACACCAAGCCCUUGCUCUUUGGGUGGAAGGACAAAGGGUUUUUACACUUUUUUGGGGGGGGAU